AUGACGGCGUACGACAAUGUCUUUGAUGCAGACGGGGUGGCGCCCCCUUUCGAUGGCCCGUGGGUUGCCGAGGUGCCAUCUUCACAAAUCGCCGAGCGUUUCGCCGGGUGGGAACCAGACCUUGUCGAUCUGCUGCAGGUUCCAACGGCUGCAUCGCGAUGGGCCGUCCACGUCGUACACCCACUUCCAACCUUCGCAACGGACCGCGUGUGCCUGAUCGGUGACGCUGCGCAUGCCAUGACACCACACCAAGGUCUUGGUGGGGGUCAGGGUGUUGAGGAUGCAUACAUCCUGGCUCGCUUACUAGGGCACCCCGAGAUGACGGCGUCCAAUGUGCCGCAGGCGCUAAAGAUAUACAACACCAUCCGUCGGCCAGCUUCGCAAACGGUAUCGCGGCAGUCGUUGGUGAACGGCCUGACGUAUGGGUUCUUUGGCGUGGAAGCUAAGGCACUAUCUCUGCCUGAGAUAGGAGAAGAGUUGGUUGAGAGUUGCCGGUGGCUGCUUCAGGACAGGGGUGCGGAAAAAGAAUGGCUGAAAGCGAAGUCUGCACUCGCCGCCGCGCUGGAGAGAUGCAAAGACGACCCGGCUUCCCCCAAUCUCCUGCCCGGCACUGGGCAUCGGGAAGCGACGCGAGAAAAGAGUCGUUACCAUUGUAUCGCCUACCACAUCACCAGGAUGGCAUCAAAUCAAAUUCAGCGCAUCAUCGUGCCAGAUCAGGAACGAGCAAGUCAAGUCCCUAGUGCAGCGACCGUUGGUGCCGCAGUAUCAAUCCUGCACAGGGACGGGAUAGUUGUUUUGGAAGACGUCGUGGACAAAGCUGCCAUAGCAAAGCUGAAUUCUGUCCUCACCGAGAGAUCUGAAGAGCUGGCCAAUAAUCCAUCCACGCAUUUCAAUCAAGGCAAAGCUACCCGCAAUAUCUCACAGCCACCGCCUGCUACACCCGAGCUCAUGUUCCAAUCAGUCUGGGCAAAUCCUUUCACAGCAACCAUCAGCGCCGCAAUGCUAGGGCCAAGCCCACGAGUGCAUUACGCCAAUGGAAAUACAGCACUAUGCUCAACUGAGCGACAAACCGUUCAUGCAGAUCUCGACCACAAUCACCUCCGCUUCCCUUUCGCACUGGUGGCGAACUACUAUCUCAUCGACACAUGUCCCACGAACGGCGGCACGGAAGUGUGGGUUGGCAGUCACCGAGACACCAGUCUUGCCGAUCAUGUCGAUUCGCGCGACGCGCCGGGAGGCCUUUCAAGUAUUCGGCCAGAACUUGUCAGCGAAAGGCUCAAGGUCCUUCCGCCGGUGCAGAUCUCGGUCAAGGCAGGAGAUCUUGUGCUUCGGGAUGUGAGGCUAUGGCACGCAGGGAUGCCCAACAAGACUAACGUGCCCCGCAUCAUGUUAGCUUUUCUCAUAUUCCCCUGGUGGUAUCAGGCGCCCAUGAAGAUGGCACUUCCUUACGCAGCGCAAUCACUGGUGCAAAGAUGGACGAGGGAAACAGGGCUGGAAUUCGAAAUUGAGUGGUUGAAGGAAGACGAGUCACCGUCGAAGUUCUUUGUCACCACUGCCUCGGCGAAUGAACAUGUAGUGUAUGGAUGA